AUGCAAAAACAAUGUUGCUUUGACUCUCAAUAGACAAUUAAUUCGGAUGAAGAUGAGAAAGUAAUUGACGUUCUAGCCUUUCCUACCAACUUUUUUUAAUUUAGUGAAGCUAGCACACAAUCCCUCUCCAGUGUGGAAUCAGCGAAUUAACCAAUUUCAUCUCCAAAAUAUAAAUUCAUGGGAGGACAUUAUAGUGCAGAAUCCCAAGAGUAGAAUAAUGUAUUCAGAACCUUUCAAGACUAAAAACUACUCCAAACUGAUGGGAACUUACCCCAUUAAAUUUAAAAGUACUCUUUUCUUGAACGUCAAAAUAAUAAAAUAACUAAUAUGAAUCAGUAACCUCCAAAUAACAAGUUAAACAAUCCAGAUCGGUGUACUCAAAGAAGAAUUUAUGAAAAACAAGGGAUUAAAUGUCAAGCCUAGCAAAAGUUGUCAUUGACCCCUAGAUAAAAGAAAUAAAAUGAAAAAAAGUUUAUGCCAUCUAAAUUAAAUGGUAUUAUAAAGGGAAGUUGUUUGAAAAGUCGUCCAAAUGAAACUUCCUAAAUUCGACCUAUUUUUGAUCUAUUCACAGGAAGACCUUCAAAUAAAAAUGUUUCUUUUUUAUUUACCAUGGAAUAAAUAAAGACUAUGAGAAUAAAUAACAAAUCAAAUAUAUUCAAUAUGCCCAUGGAAAAGAAUACCAAGCUUUUUCUUGUUUGA